AUGUCCUCAGGAGAGCAAGCCAAGGGAAGCUGGGUGAGCAUCGUUGUUGGCUGCUGUGGAAGACGUCGGACAAAGAAGGAUACGGAGAAUCAGCCACUUGCACAGCCUGCGGCAGGGAACACGAUCACUACAAGCCCGGUGGCAAACACCUCGAACGUCGAGAAUGCCGAUGCACACGAGGAGGUCACGGCGGACGGUGACAAAUGGCAUGUGCCAGGCGUGGGAAGAUUUGCUAACCGAGCUGUGUACACAUUUGAAGGACAUUCGCUGCCUGAAGGUCUUGAGAAGAGCAACUACACUGUUUUCUGCGGGAAUUCGAACGACAUUCCCUUCCACAGGCGAUUUGACUCAGCGAACGUUCGGUGCUCCAGAGGAUUUCUGCGCUUGGUAGUUCCAGGAGGCCAGAGACCCUCGAAGCAGAAUGGUAACGCAGUCAGCAGCGCAGAGGUAACGACCGUGGAGAAGAACAUUCUGCACGGGAGCUUUCGAACCACCGCUAUCUUCAGCGCGGAACCCGGCACCUGUCAUGGGAUCUUCUUCUACAAGAGCGACACUCAGGAAUGUGAUAUCGAAUAUUUGACUGAUCCGACAUCCUUAUCAAACAACGGGCCCGACGCUCCAAUACCCCUUUGGUACACGAACCAAGCCGUGGAUCCCACAAAGCUGGACAAAUCAUCCGAAAGCGGACCGGCUCCGUCUGAUUGCACAAUCCACGCCCAUGAGUAUCGAAUCGACUGGACUGUGGACUUCACAGCUUUUUACAUAGACGGCGUUUUCCAGACAAACUUUACCAACAACAUUCCAAACGUGCCAGGCAGCUUCGUCUGGAAUAAUUGGGCAAAUGGUGACAAAGGUUGGGCAGUGGGGCCGCCGAAUCGCGAGAAUGUUCUCAAGAUCCAGAAAAUAGUCAUGUACUACGACACUGCGAGCAACGAGUCAGGUGAUUCUGGUUAG